AUGACCGCAGAGACUGAAAUCCUAACAAAAAUAUUCUGGGAAAUUUACGGUUACCGCGGUUGUUACCGUCGUCAAGAAAAUUUCAAUGACCUCUAUUCAUGCCUAUUGGUGAACAGAUCUUGGUGCAAAACCGCUGUGCCUAUACUAUGGUCAUCCGUUUUCUAUCCCAUUCAAACUUCCCGCCUGGGCUUCAUCACCACUUACUUAUCAUGUCUGAGCCCUGAAAAACUGAGGGGGAUUGCUGAUUCGGGUAUCAAACUACCGCCAUCACUUUCGAAACAUCUUCUCUCUCCCAUCUCAAUACUUUCAGAUCGUGAUCAAGAUGGUGGCGCCUCGGUGGUCGGCAGUGUGAAGACGCCAAUGUUUGACUAUCCUUCGUACCUGGAAGAAUUGGAUUUCGACAAACUACUGAAAAGCAUAUUUGAUUGGUGUCGCAAGCACCGGGAUAUACCACGUUACCAGUCAUCAUCACUUUCUUCGUCCAUAUCAUCUUCCAUGUCUUCCUCGUUGUUUUCAUCUCGUUCGGUGUCCACGCUUGCAUCUUCGGUCUCCUCUUCCUCAUCCAACAAUCCACUAUCAAAGUCACAAUAUCCAUCCUUACAUUCUCGAAAAUCGGAGCACAUCAUACGAGCUGAGUGCAUCCUGCGCGCCCUUCUACAGCUAUUCACCUCUCGAUGCUCCAACAUUCGAUGUUUUUCCAUGAAUUCGGUAUCGAACUAUUUGCUGCACAAUGACUAUUUCGAAAAUUUAACAAAGAUCGAUUUCAACGGUUUGCUAUGUGAACAAGAUAUCCGAGGUUUAUUUGAUAAUGUGAAGGAAUGCCGAUUGGAAUGGGAUGCGAUGGCUGUGGAUGGAUUUUUGGAUGCUUUUGGAACGAGUUGUAGAAAUUUGGAAAUACUCAACGCAAAUUUCGCGCACGACCCAGACCUCGCAACCCUCUUCAUAAAUAAGAAGCAAGCAACCGACUUGGCAAUCCUAAUAACCACUCAGACGUCACUAAAAUCUUUUGUACUUCAAGACCACCAAUACUUUACUCACUUCUUCCUGCAGUCAUUAAACACCCAAAUCUCAACCCUAACAAAAUUAGAAUUCUAUUCCGUGGAUUUCAAAAGCUGCCACUCGUUCGACGUAAUAGCCAAAUGUGGUCAACUGGAAUUGCUGGUGUUCAAGGACUGCAUCAACAUCACUGUUGAGAUGGCGACACCAUUAUUUAAUGCAAAAUUACCAAAACUAAAAUACGUUCACAUUACAAAUUCUCACGACGACCAUUACAGCCGCGCAUCGCGAGCCACCUCAGAGUACUCGUCAAGCGCGUCAUCGAGUUCUUCCUCACGAUCUUCCUCACGAUCCUCCUCACUAUCACGAUGCUCAUCUGAUUCGUUGUCGUCGUCACGGUAUCUGAACGAUCAAGACUCGGAGACGGAUUCUCGCUAUAUCUCAUUAUUAUCAAUUGUACAUCAUCGCCCAUCACUGUCGUCCACGAAUCAUCGUCUUCAACAACAACAAUCCGAUCCCGAUUUCUGCACCGUAUGCCCAGAGCUUAUCCGCUGGGCCCAUCGUCGGAAUAACCCACGACUGUGGUGGUCGUUGUCUUGGUGGCGGAAGCAGCUCACGUUUCAAGCUUUUUCGGAAUUUGACUACAUGGAUUUCUUUACCGAUUGUGGAUUUUUAAUAUGGUGGGAAGAUGGUUCAUCAUCAGGGUGGGCAGCUGGUUGGGAGUUGAGAUGA